AAAAGACAGCGUCACACCGAACCGCGGCUUUUUCCCAUGAUGCCGCGGAACCGAUGCCGCGUUCUGCGCACGCUGCUCGCGCUCGCACUGUUUGGCGCACUGGGGCCUGUGGCCUUCAGCAUGGCGGGUGCGCUCGGCACCCGGACGCGCGGGUCGCGCGCCGGGCGUCGCUUGGACCGGUGUGUGCGGCAUUUUUGGCCUUUCGGGCAGGAGCAGGUGAGCGAAAAGCUGAAGAGCCGCUUCGAGUCCUAUGCGGAGGGCGAGGGCGCAGAGAUGCGGCUGAAGCGGGAGAACCUGCGCAGCGUCCUGGAAUGCACGGAGAGUUUUUGUUUGUCGAAGCAUUGGUUAGCUGAGAGCACCUUGGAUCGGAUCUAUGAGCAGUAUGCCACCAGCGAUGGCAUUGGCCUCAAGGAGUUCGGGCGUUUGGCGCAUGAUGGCUUCUUGUUAGAAGGCAAGAUCGAAGAAUAUGAGAAGGCCUUCACUGGCGUAGAUACCGAAGAGAAGGGAGUGAUUUCCAAGGAAGCUUUAGGACGGCUCUUCGAGGGUCUGGGGAAGUCGCUGAGUAGCGAGGAGCUCACCCGACUCGUGGACGAGGCCGACGUGGACCAUGACGGUAUCGACUUCGCGGACUUCUUGGGCCUGGCGCGAACGCAGCUGGAUCUCGCCGAGGUCAUCAGAUACCUGGAGACGACUCCCGAGCGGCCCUCAGAGCAUGAGGGCGAAACCGACAGCGCCUUGGGGCACAUGAACACCGUGCACAGUGAGGCGGAGCUUUAUGCGAUGAUUGGCCAAGAGGACGCCGUGGUGAAGUUGGCCUUUACCUGGUGCCGACCCUGCAAGGCCUUUCUGCCCAGGUAUGAGAAGUUCGCCAAGAUCUAUGAGAAGACACGGUUCCUGAAGAUCGUGGGGAAUGAGAACGAAUCCUGCAAACACUAUGCCAAGGAAGUCCUCCACGCCAAGAUCUCUCCCAUGUUCGCCGUGUACCGUCAGGGGAAAUUGGUGAAGACCUGGCAUGGCGCCAACAACGGGCGCUUUGUGUCCAACCUCGAAGGGCAGCUCCCCACCGCCCGGGAAUACGCCAAGGAGCGUGAAGCGGCUCAAAAGAAGGAUGACACCCUCGCAGCUACCUGAGGGGCUGAUGAGCUGAUGCAUUGACGUGAAUGUUUGUAAACCCAAAGUCAUGGAGGCCCUACACAUAGACAAUGUUACACUCUUAAGCGCCAAAGUCAUACUGUAGAUUGCCAAUGAGCAUUUGUAAACCGAAAGCGUGUGUAUAGCUGGAAGUUAACCUUGACUUUUUCGUUAUGUUUUUGAUGGGACAAGGAGUGCUCAUAUAUACAUCCGCAGGAUUGAUUUGGAAAACGCAUCGUUACAGUUUUAUGGUGGAAUAUUCUCGCAAAGAGCUGUUACAUCUAUAUCUUUCGGACAUAUUCCAUACUGUAUAUACAUGCAACAGUUUGGUUGAACCAAGACUGCAACAUGUCUCAAUAAGCCGCUUCUCAGCCUCAUCAUCCAGAAACGGCAAAGAGAUCAGAGGUGUAAGAGUGGGUGUUCAUCAAAGCCUAUUUCACUUGCUGCAGACUUACUGAAGCCAUCGCCGCUUGACUGUUCUUUACGCUUUGCUCAUUUUUACUCCAUCACGGACUCUUAGUUUUGUUUCCGCAUGUUUCCGCAUGUCUUCCAUGCAAAAAAUAAUCGAACAUCAAUUGCCGCCCGGGCCCCUUCAAUUUUGAGACAUUCCGUUCGACAAUUGGUCGUUGAGGCAUCCAAACCAUCCUUUUCCAAGGACGACCGUGGAUUUCGAUGACGUUGCUAGGAUCUCUUUAGCGAGCCAUCCCCAAAGCAGGACCUCUCAA